AUCCAGAAACUCAGAGUUUAAAAGAACACCUCAUUGAUGAGCUAGAUUACGUAUUGGUUCCCACCGAAGCCUGGAAUAAACUAGUAGCGUGGUAUGGCUGCAUAGAUGGACAGCAGCCUAUUGUGAGGAAAGUUGUGGAAUAUGGUCUGUUUGUGAAGCACUAUAAGGUUGAAGUUUAUCUUCUUGAGCUGAAGCUGUGUGAGAGCAGUGAUCCUGACAAUGUCAUUAGCUGCCACUUUAGCAAAGCAGAUACUGUUGCUACCAUCGAGAAAGAAAUGAGGAAACUAUUUAGUAUUGCAGCUGAGAAGGAAACUAGGUUAUGGAACAGGUACAUGAGUAACACUUAUGAGCAGCUCAGCAAGCUGGAUAGCACUGUGCAAGAUGCAGGGCUCUAUCAGGGUCAGGUUGUUCUAAUAGAAGUGAAAAAUGAAGAUGGCACAUGGCCUGGACAGCAUUUCCUGGCAAAAUCAAGCACUGCAACUAGCAGAAACUUUACUACCUCUUCAAAAUCAUCAGCAAGCUCUUAUUCCUCAGUGUCUGCCACUUCUGUCAUUACUAACGGUGAUAGCAGUAACUCCUAUGGACUGAGCAGCUCCCACCUGGGCAGGGGAGGUUCUGGAUUUGUCUGUAACUCUUACAACUGUAGGGACAGUGCUCCCCUCUCACAACCAGGACUCUGUGGACUCAGUAACCUUGGAAAUACCUGCUUCAUGAAUUCUGCAUUACAG